AUGAAUAGACUUACACCUGAACAACGUUUGCAAAUCGUGCAAAUUUAUUACGAAAAUAAAGGUUCGGUUCGCGCGACGCAUCGCGCGCUGCGUCCAAUAUUCGGUCGACAUAAUCGUCCAUCAGAGUCACUAAUUCGAUUAACCAUGGAUCGGUUUCGCACCACGUUUGCUCUAGUGGAUAAUACGCAUCCUCAGAGACGUCGUACAGUGCGCACCGAAGACGCUAUUGCUGCUGUGGAGCAGAGUAUCGAAGAAGACCCGAAUGAGUCCAUCCGCCAUCGCGCGCAGCAAUUGCAGAUGUGCCCAUCCACUUUAUGGAAGAUUUUGCGGAAGGAUCUUGGUUUGCGGGCUGCUUACUCACAAUUUCACACCCAUCCCACACUUAUUGGGGGGAAAAAAGAUUUUUUGGUGCAAGAAGUGCCGCCAGUCGCCGACGACCUGCUGCCUGUAGCCUACCGCCUGUCGUCCAUUAUUACCUGUUGCCUGUUGUCUGUUGCUAUGCCACCGCCACCAUCAUCACCAGCUGUGCCAAUUUUCACAAUCAGCUGCACACUCGACUGA